AAUGCUCAUUGCAGUGACAACCAGUGACAGCUGCAAUAAUAUGGCUGUUGUGUAGUGCUUCUCAGUUUUUGUAAAUAUUUUAAACAAUCUGGGCUUAGAAAUGCUGUGAAACACCCUUCAAAGUGCAAGUAAUCGAGUUGGUUCUAUACUACAGGAUAAACAGGAGUGAAACUUUGAUCGAAAUGGAAAUGUCACAUAGUUUGACUUUGAACGAGGAGGCUUUGGCGCAAAUACCGGUUGCCAAGAAACCGAUAUUCAUAUUCGAAUGGCUGAGGUUCCUGGACAAAGUACUCGUUGCGGCUCAAAAGAAUGAUAUCAAAGGAUGCCAGAAGAAGUUGGUGGAGCAGUUGAUGAAUCACAUCCAGGAGUCUCCAGGACCUCCCGCUCGUCGUCUGAUUGCCAGAUGUUUGGCUACUUUGUUCUCAGUUGGGGACACCUUCCUGCUAUUCGAUACCGUGAAUAAAUGCAAUGAUAUCCUGAAGAACAAAGACGAUUCACCCAGCUUUCUCCCGACUCGACUCGGAGCUAUCUGCUGCGUGGGAACUAUGUAUGAGAAGCUUGGCAGGAUGAUGGGUCGCUCAUACGAGGAGACGGUGCAGAUCUUGAUAAGGUCACUGAGGAGCGCCGAAUCUCAAACUCGUAUAGAGAUCAUGUUGACAUUGGAGAAGGUGUGCGCGGGUAUGGGCAGCGCCAUAUCGAAUGUCCACAAGGACAUUUACAAGGUAUCCAAGCAUUACCUGGUGGAUCGUGUCAUGGCCGUCCGUUGUGCCACGACUCGUUGUCUCCUGGAAAUGCUUAACCACGCACCGUUCUUGUACACUACCGAACUGGAGAGUCUAGCCACGCUCUGCUUCCGCGCUUUUGAUGGAUCCAACUAUGAAGUCCGGUGCGCCGUGGCCAAGCUUCUGGGGGCUUUGGUCUCAAUGACACAGCAAACUCCAAAAUUGCCGACGGGUCAAAUACCCAAAAACGUGAAGCCCGUUUCGCUGGAGGAAGCAUUGGGUAUUCUAAUGUCAGGCUUCCUGAGGGGCGGCGUUGGUUUUCUUAAGGGCACCGGUGAAAUCAUAAAGGGCAGCUCGGGCGUCAAUAGAGAGAUCAGGGUCGGAGUAACGCACUCCUACGUCAUAUUCGUGCAGAUACUGGGCUCAGUAUGGCUGGAACGCAACAUCAAAACUUUGCUCUCGCAUAUACUGUACUUGGUAGCCAACUCGAAGGCCGCUUCUUCGCACGUAGAUGCCGUCUACUCCAGGAAGUGCAUCAAUUUUAUCCUUCGCAGCAUUCUCGGGAAAAUGCUUGGAGAAAAGGCACAAGCAUUAGCGUGCAAGGAAAUCGCCCAGAUCAUCAUCAAGGAGAUGAACUCGAUCGACUUCAAUCCAGAGAACGCAAAGGAUCUGAACCAAGAGACGCUCUUCAGCCAGCAUCUGCUGGUAUGCGCUUUGCAGGAAAUAGGUAGCCUUAUCCUGAGUCUUGGAACGACAUCAUACGAUUUACUUACGGAUCAGCAAUUACAUUUAAUCGAUGCUACUGUCGCCGUGUUAAUACACCCUUGUCAAGCGGCACGUUUGGCUGCUGCUUGGUGUUUAAGAUGUAUUUGCGUAGCUGUUCCAAGCCAAACGACGCCAUUGAUUGAUAGAUGUGUGUCUGGUAUUGAGGACAGACGUACUUCACCUGAGGCCAUAGCCGGAUACAGUGCGGCUUUGGCAGCCGUCUUGGGUGGAGUGCACCUAUCGCCUUUGGGUGUUCCACACACAAAAGGAAAGGUGAUCUUCAACACCGCCGAGGAAUUAUUGAGGAGCGCCAGCCAGAAUAGUCGAUUAUCUUUGAAUCGUACUCAAGCAGGAUGGGUUCUGAUUGGAGCAAUCAUGACUUUGGGUGUACCGGUUGUGCGGGGAUUAUUGCCACGGAUGCUAUUGCUCUGGAGGAACUCUUUUCCGAGAUCUACAAAGGAAUUGGAUUCCGAGAAGGCCAGAGGCGAUGCUUUCACCUGGCAAGUAACACUCGAAGGUCGUGCCGGUGCACUUUCAGCUAUGCACAGCUUCAUACAAAAUUGCCCUGAAUUGGUUACGGAUGAUAUUGUCAGGAGAUUAUUGAUUCCGAUUGAAUCAGCUCUUGCCAUGCUAACAAACAUUUCCAAUAUCCUGAAGAGCUAUGGCCAGCAGCUGAAAGCUCCAGCUGCAAUGGUUCGAUUACGAUUAUAUGAGACACUCUUGCUGCUGCCACCUCAAUCAUUCGAGGGAUCGUACACUCAUUUAUUACGUAUGUUAGUGGCCGAGUUUACUUUGACCGAGAAUCCAGCGAACACGACCACUUCACAAUUGAGGACUGUUUGCCAUGCUGACGACUCCGUGAUUUUGGGUACUUGGCUGCAGGAAACCGAUCACAGAACAAUAGAAGAUCAAAUGGAACCUAAUCGAAGGGCAGAUGGUGAACAUUUGCAGCCAAACAGCGCUGCCGGUUCCGGGGCUUUGGAACACGAUCCUUGUUGCUUGUACCGUCAAUUAAAUCCUGGCGAAAUUAUUCCUGGACCCUUGCCGCUGGGAGUUGCUGUGAUCGAUUUGUCGGUGUUAUUGUUCGGACAGAUAUUCCCAAGAGUCGCCAAUAAGCAUCGACUGCAGAUGCUGGAGCAUUUCACGGAAUGCAUCAAGCACGCGAAGAGUUCGAGGCAAGAAGCCGUACAGAUGAACGUGUUUACGUCAUUGCUCAGCGGUUUGAAAGGACUAACAGAAGCCAAGAUGAGUUUCGGUCAGGAGGACGUGAAAAAAUCAGCGUCCAAUUUAAUAAUCAGCGCGUUGACAUCGUCCAAUCCAAUACUGAGGUGUGCCACUGGAGAAGCUGUUGGUCGUAUGGCCCAGGUGGUGUCGGAUUCCAGGUUUACAGCUGAGUUGGCGCAGACCAGUUUUGACCGUUUGAAAUCUGCUCGUGACGUAGCCAGCAGAACGGGCCAUUCGCUAGCAUUAGGAUGCCUGCAUAGAUAUGUUGGCGGAAUGGGCUCUAGUCAACAUCUUAAUACUAGCGUUUCUAUCCUAUUAGCUUUGGCUCAGGAUCAGACUUCGCCCGUGGUCCAAGUUUGGUCUUUGCACGCUUUAGCUCUCAUCGCGGAUUCCGGCGGUCCAAUGUUCAGAAGCUACGUGGAGCCAACCCUCUCGCUGGCUUUAAAGUUGCUUCUGAACGUUCCACAAUCUUACAUCGAUGUGCACCAAUGCAUUGGAAAGGUUUUGUCAGCGCUGAUUACAACCAUUGGACCUGAGCUUCAAGGGAACACGACGAGCAUUUGCACUGCUAGAUCCUCCUUCUUGUGCGCUUGCGCUAUAAUGCAGGACCACAAGGACCCUUUGGUACAAGCGGAAGCCACAGGUUGUUUGCAACAACUCCACCUGUUUGCCCCAAGGCAUGUCAAUUUAUCAUCUUUAGUUCCAACGCUUUGUAGAACAUUGUCGAGCAAUCAUUUACUUUUGAGAAAAGCCGCUAUUUCGUGCCUCCGGCAAUUAGCCCAGAGGGAGGCUAAAGAAGUCUGCGAACAUGCCAUGACUUUAGCAAGCGAAAGUAGAGAUUCUAGUACGGUGGAAGGACUACUCAUAACGGAUUCCGGUUUACCAGGAGUUCUGUUUAGUAUGUUGGAUACGGAAACUGAUAUAGCGUUGAUAAAAGAUAUACACGACACCUUGACAAGUAUGCUGCAGAUGCUAGCUGCAGAUAAUUUAUCUCAAUGGUUGGGUCUAUGCAAGGACAUAUUGACUGUGGCCACUGAAAGCAACAGUGAUGAUCCAAUGAAUGCAAAUUCAAAUGAAGGCGGCGAUAAUGAUGAUAACGAAGCUGAUGAUGAUCAAGCGGAAUUCCACGCCGAUACCGAUUCAAGCACGCAUCCAGCGGUGCAGCCCCGAUGGCCUACACGAGUCUUCGCGGCCGAAUGCGUUCGCAAGAUUAUAUCCGCUUGUGAAUCCACUGCAUCGGCGCACUUCGAUCUGGUGCAAGCCAAGGAAAUGCAGUCGUCCAGAGGCAAGAGUGAUUUCUUGGUUCUGCAUCUUUCCGAUCUUAUUCGAAUGGCUUUCAUGGCAGCCACAAGCGAUUCGGAUCCGCUAAGAUUAGAGGGUUUAAUUACCUUGCAGGAAGUGAUCGAGAAGUUCGCUAAAGUGCCAGAGCCGGAGUUUCCAGGACACCUGUUGCUGGAACAGUUUCAAGCUCAGGUGGGAGCUGCGCUGAGGCCUGCAUUCUCUCCGGACACCUCGUCUCAUGUAACGGCAGCCGCAUGCGAUGUUUGUUCUACUUGGAUUGGUUCGAGCGUCGCCAGGAAUUUGAACGAUCUUAGGAGAGUUCACCAAUUGCUGGUCUCUUCACUCGGAAAGUUGGAUAUCAAGACAAACACCACCCUACUGUACAACGAAAGCUUAGCUACGCUCGAAAAGUUAGCCAUUUUGAAGGCUUGGGCGGAGGUUUAUAUCGUCGCUAUGAAGGAAACCGGAUCCAGUUCGGCGUCCAUCGAGGUUAACACAACGAAUACAUCUGUCGGAGAUGACGAGUUCGGGGAUUUCGAAUACCGCGGCGAAAGUCUGUUAACGCUGGUACAGCCCGAGUUACUGAGCCUAUCCAACCACUGGUUGGCGGCAUUGAAAGAUCACGCUCUACUAUCUUUGCCUUCCGAAUUUGCAAGUCAAUUACCACAUGAUGGAGGCGCAUUCUACACGAAUGACACGAUGGAUUCAUCGCGACCUCAUUACGCCGCUUCAUGGCCACCGAUUUUACAUGCCGCUGCUCUUUGGUUGAACGCCGGUGGUUUCGAGAAGAUUCAGCAGAACAACGACAGUGCUAACAACAACGCCGGCAACAACGAUAAAUUCCACCUGCUGUUCGGAAUAUGUAUGGAAGCGCUAUGCAGCCCGAGGUCGACGGAGCCUUUGGAGAGUAUUUUAACAUGCCUUCAAGCUCUGUACACCCUAAUGGACUCAUUAUGGGCGCGCGAGGCAAUCAUGGUGGAUCGAUCAUUGAGUAUAGAAUUAUGCAAUGUUUUGCACAGGCUUUUGUUGACCAGAGAUAAUCAUAACGCUCAAUUAUUGUGCAUGGAGGUGUUGAAACAGGUGAUCAGAGCCGCACAAGAUCACCUGGAGCAGGCGAAGAGGGUAGACGAAACUGCCGACGUUCUACUCGGAGAAGGCGGAGAGAUUGGAGAAAUAUUACCAGGGAAAUCGCUAGUUUUUGCUGUUCUUGAAGUGUGCUUAUGUCUGAUAGUGCGGCAAUUGCCUAAUCUGAGUCCAAGUCCUACAUCGACAAUAGUGACUUCCAUGCGUGCAAUCCAUCAAGAUGAUUCGAGUAGGCUGAUCGCGGCUGCUUUAACUAGUAUGGAGAAUUUGCAUAAGCUCUGUUCGCCAAAGGGAGCUGUGUCAAUCUUGCCAACAAUCUUGUACUUGACUACUGGAGUGAUAAAGGAGAUGGCCACUAAGAAUAUAAACGACGUCAAUAUUCUGGCUAACAACGCGGCAGUUCAAUCAUCUCUGCACUGCUUAAAAAAUUUAGCCACCGACAAGUAUUGUAACGACACCAGGAGCACAGAGGAAUGGUUGAAGCUGUUGCAGAGCGCUCUGGCGAAAAUAAUCGAUCUGGCUAAAACGGGAAGCGAGGAAACUAAGUUGGAUGAAGUGACGAUGAUGUUGGCCAUAGCCGUGUUCGUUUUACACGCUCCCACGAGCGUGGUAUCAGCUCCGAAUCUUCAAUAUCCGUGUAUAAACCAUUUCAGGCAGUGCUUUCAAAGUGCAAAUUCGACUGUGCGACUGAAGUGCGUGCAGACGUUGAAAUCGAUAUUCUCACAUUCUGAUAGAUCUGUUGCCACACCGUACAUCCACGCAUUGGCACCGAGAUUGGUUGAGUUCUUAUACGCGGAUAGCGCGCGACAAAUCUUCUCGGAUGGAGAAUUGUCCGUUACUUUAGAAGCCAUAGUAACCGUUGAGGCUUUAAUAGGUUUAGCCGAACCACAAAACCGAGACAUCUUGCAAGGCAUUCAAAUGCUGACACUGCUGGUUCCUAUACUCAUAAGUUAUUUACUGGAAGGACAGGCAUUCCGAUCCUCCAACAAGUAUUCCAUGAAGCUGCACGAGGUUAGUCUCCAGUGGCUCAUGAAAAUAGGACCGAAAUAUCCAGAGGAAUUCAAGAAAUUGAUGAGCCAGGCUCCAGAUCUGAGGGUUCGUCUGGAGAACGCUGUGCGCUCGAAUCAGCAGACACAGCAGAAAAUCAAAAUGGAGAUGUGCAAUAACAAGCCAACCUCCGCGCAAACCCCAUCAAUCAAACUUAAAACGGACUUUAGCAACUUCUCUUAAGUCUAAAAUUUCUCUGUGCUUCCUAUUCUUCCCCUCUGCAUCAUUUCCAAAAUAAUUGCAUUUACUUUAUGUAUUACCACGUAUGAGGACAAAAGAUGGAAGAAAGCAAAAAAAUAUAAGAAGUUGAAAAAAAAAAAUAUAUAUGGAAGGAAAUAAUUUUGAAUGAAUUAGAUUCCAAUAGAACUGUUGAUAUAUGUGUAGAUGUAGAUUUAGAGGUUUUACAUGUUUGUAAUUGUUAUAUUGGAAGGAAAUUAUGAAACUGGCCUCUUCGACUGAUAACAAAAAAAAAUGAAACAAAAAUUAUUUAUACAAUGAUUCAUAACAAAUCUACACACACAAAAAAAAAGACAAAGAACCAAUAGUGAUUUUCGCCUCAGAAGCUUUUCUGCCAUAGAUUGUUUCUUUUUACCUGUAAACAACUAGUGAAUUAACCAAUUUUUAACAAGAGAAUCCUAUCGAAAGAAACUAAAAAGUGAUGUAGAUUGUAACUGAGAAAAAUAUAUAUAUAUUGAUCCUUUGAUGUACUGAUAUUUGAUCCACGAUUUUAGACUAGGAACAUUAUGUAUCUAAUUAACGCAAUAAUAAUAAAAGAAGUUUAAUAAAUAAUUAACGUAA